UUUGAUUUUUAUUUCAAGAAAUUAACAUAAAGAAAACUUCAAAAAAGAAUUAAGAAAAGAAACAUGAAAAACAGAAAUGAAAAGAGGGAAAAGUGGGAAUUAAGAUCUAACACACAAGUGAGUGAGUGAUAGUUUGUAUUUGAUUUCUCAAAAGAAAUGGCAGCAAAGCAAAUGGAGGAGAUACAAAGAAAAUUAGAGAAGUUGAAGUAUCCAAGAGCCAGUGCACCUGCUCAGUCUCUUCUCUUUGCCGGCAUGGAGCGUUACGCUCUUCUCGAAUGGCUCUUCUUCAAGUUAUUGGGAGAUAAAUCACCAUUUUCACAGCAAAAUUUGCAAGGAGAUGCUAUGGAUCGUGAUGAAGAGACUGCUCGUAUUCAAUAUUUGGCGGAGAUUGCCAAAUUUCUUGGUAUCACUACAACUAUAGAUCCUGAUGCCAUUCAAGGGAGAGGAAGCUAUGAAGAUCGAACUGAAAUGCUUCGUCUAAUAGUAGAUCUUGUGGAGGCUAGCAUCUCUGCCGAUAAUCCAGAAUGGAGCGUUGAUGAGCAGGUUGCCAAAGACAUACAAUUGAUAGAUUCUAUUGCUGAGAAACAAGCUCUAAUUUUCUCAGAGGAAUGCAAAUUGUUCCCUGCAGAUGUGCAGAUUCAAUCUAUAUAUCCCCUGCCUGAUGUAUCUGAGCUGGAAACUAAACUUUCUGAACAAUCAAAGGUACUCUUGAAUCUUCAGCAGAAAGUCGAUGAUUUGGCAUCAAAGCAUGCUUACAAUCCAGAUGAGGAAUAUACAGAGGUGGAAUCCCAAUUGCGGGCACAUUUGGAAUCUUUUCUUGAAACUGCAAGACAAUUCAAUGUGAUUUACACCAAGGAAAUUCGCCCAUGGACACACAUGAUGGAGGUGCCGCAGCUUCAUGGCUUUGGGCCAGCUGCUAAUCGCUUGUUGGAGGCAUAUAAGAUGCUUUUAAAGUUUCUAGGGAAUUUGAGGAAUCUCAGAGACUCACAUGCAGCUCUUGCUGUUGGAUCAUCUGAAACAAUAGCUGGUGAGCCCUCAUCUGUUACAAGAAUAAUUUCAGAAUGCGAGUCUGCAUUGACCUUCUUAAAUCGUGAUCUUGGAGUCCUUUCGGCUUCAAUUGCACGGGAGCAAGGCAAUGUUGUGAACUUUUAAUGAAUGUAUUUCAGAAUAGCAAAAUACCAGCAUUCUCUUUCUUAGUGAAAUAUUUGCCACUAGAAUCCUCUUUUUUAUUUUUAUUUUUUUAAAGUUUAUAAAGAUUGAUUGAAUUGACUCUCAUAGUAAAAACCGAUUUUGUGCUAGUGUGGAAUGUUCAGUACGGAUUGUAUGGUUCCUUAUCAAAAAGCAUAUUAUCUUUCUGAA